UGAUUAAAUCAAACACUUCCUCGUCUUCAACUACUCCACAAAGAGGAAAAUUCAACGAAGCUGAAAAAUAAUACACAAAGUCAUUUUGAAGCUUUCGUUUGAAAAUUCCCAAUUGCUUUACCAGUACAAAGUCCGAUCUGUGGAGAAUUUUUGUUUCUGCUUGGUUUAAUCAGUCGUUUGGUUUAAGGAUAUAAACUUUAGUAAAUACAUCAAAAUGAGCCGUCCUCAAGAACCACAACGUUCUUUCUUCCAUUUUGGAAAUCCUUUCCGUUCACCAAAGGGUUCUCAUUUGCCUCCAGGACUUCUUUCUUUAUUGGAUAAGUUUGAGAAAACCUUGUCAGAGAGGCUGCAGAAACUUGUGCCUAAAGACAAGAGUGACAUCCUUAGCUUGUCAUGGAUGAAACUAGCAAUGGAAUCACUUUCCGAGAUUCACCGUGACAUAAAAAACCUGAUAACUGAGCUUGAGAUCCCUGUGACUGAUUGGGAUGAGAAAUGGAUAGAUGUGUAUCUGGACAUCAGUGUAAAGUUGCUUGAUAUUACUAUUGCUUUUACCUCUGAACUUACAAGGCUCAACCAAGGCCAUCUCUUACUUCAGUGUGUCUUGCAUAAGUUGGAAUCCAACUCCCCAGAUCAGUUCCUGCGGGCUUGUUCCUCACUUCAUAGCUGGAGAGAGCAAAUUCGCUCAAAAAAUCCCAGAGUUGAAACAUGUCGUCCUGUACUGGACAACCUUGUGGAAUCAUUGGACUUGCCGAAGGUAAGGAACUCUGCUAAGGGGAAGGUUCUGAUGCAUGCAAUGUACGGAGCUAAGGUGGCGACCACAUAUAUCUGUAGUGUCUUUGCCGCAGCUUUCUCUGGUUCUACUGAUAAUUUAUUAGAUUUGAAUUCGACUGUUCCUGCUACACUGCCAUGGGCACAAGUUUUCUAUAAUGUUCAAACAACUGUGAGUACGGAAAUUAAAAAUAUAUUUUCUCGUGGAGAAUUUACGGUUCUUAGAGAACUUCUUGCUGUUGAUAAUUGUGCCAAUAAAUUGUAUCCUUUGCUUCAAGACGGGUUCAGUCCUGCUCAAGAGGAAUCGUUCAAGCAUUCCGUUUCUGAUUUGAGGAAGACAGCAGAGGAGCUAUCGCAAGGGCUGGAUAAUCUUUCAAAGGUAGUAGAUGACUUUUUCAAAAUAGUUUUGUCUGGGCGUGAUGCUUUGCUUUGUAAUCUAAGAGCAGGUUGUGCUUCCCCAAAUUCAGUUCUGGGAAGAAACACAGACGAGCAAAUUGUGAGGUGAAUUAUGAAUGAAGUAAAGCUAAACUCUUCUGUAUACAGAUGGUUUAGGUAUGAGACCUGCUGUUUUCUAACUAGGGAUAUACAACCUUGUUUGGGUAAUGAAAGUAUUUAUUGUGUGAGUUGUAAGGUGUGUUAUACUAUAGUACUUGUUUGUACAUGUAUUUGGACCAUCCUAUGUCAAAUGCUAUAUAAAAAGGGCUUAUAUUUGUUUGCAAA